AUGACCAACCGAGAAGAAGCCGAGAUACAAAUUUCUGAAUUAGAUUUACUCGCUAGCAUGUUUCCUUAUGAGGAAGAGUUCAUUGUGACUGACCAACUGGCUGUAGCAGAACUAAAGCACUAUGCUGAAAAUGAGUCUGCAGAGAUGCCAUCUUCAAAAGUUCAGUUUAUACUGAAUGUAAAGCCAGAGGUCCCUCAUGCCUCCAUGGUGGAAUUCUCUAUGGCCUGUGCUUUACCAUUUAAAUAUCCAACUGUCCUACCAGAAAUUACCGUGAGGUCAUCAUUGUUAAGCCGCUCUCAGCAGAUUCACCUGAACUCUGAUCUAAAAACAUAUUUGAUGCAAAACUGCAGCGGUGAGCCCUGCAUGUUGAGUGCAAGGGAGUGGGUUAAAGACCAUGCAGCUGCUUACAUUGACAAAGAGCUUUCAUCUUCCUCAGUGACAGCGUCAGUUGCCACACAGGCAGAAGACAUAACUUUCACUCGAUUGUGGAUCUACAGUCAUCACAUUUACAACAAGCAAAAAAGAAAGAAUAUUAUUGACUGGGCCAAGGAGCUCUCUCUGUCAGGUUUUUGCAUGCCAGGGAAGCCAGGUGUUGUUUGUGUAGAAGGUCUCCAGAGUAGUUGUGAAGAGUUCUGGUCAAGAGUAAGAAGAUUAACAUGGAAAAGAAUUCUCAUUCGGCACAGAGAAGAUGUUUCUUUGGAAGGUGGAGGACCCACUGAGAUUCAGAAACAAAGAAAGUUCUCCACUUUGGAAGAAAAGUGUUUUGAUGCACAUGGUGCCAGAGGAAAUCAUAUGGAUUUGGGGCUGCUUUAUCGUUUUUUAGAAGAAAAAGGAUGUGCUGACAUUUUUCAGAUGUACUUUGGGGUUGAAGGGCAUUGAAGGAGUUGAAGAUCACCACAGGUCC